AUGGGGCAGCAAUCGUUGAUCUACAGCUUCGUGGCUCGAGGCACAGUGAUUGUGGCUGAUUACACCGAUUUCUCUGGCAACUUCACGAGCAUAGCCGCUCAGUGUCUCCAGAAACUUCCUGCAACUAAUAGCAAGUUCACUUAUAACUGCGAUGGCCACACCUUUAACUACCUCGUCGAUAACGGCUUCACUUACUGUGUAGUUGCAGUCGAGUCUGUGGGCCGACAGAUUCCAAUUGCCUUCCUUGAGCGAGUCAAGGAGGAUUUUACCAACAGAUAUGGUGGGGGAAAGCUGCAACAGCCGUUGCUAAUAGAGAAGGAUGCGAUUCUCCUGCCAAAGUUGAAGGAGCAUAUGCAGUAUUGUGUGGACCACCCAGAGGAAGUCAGCAAACUUUCUAAAGUAAAAGCUCAGGUUUCUGAAGUGAAAGGAGUUAUGAUGGAAAACAUAGAGAAGGUUCUUGAUCGUGGAGAGAAAAUUGAGCUUCUGGUGGACAAAACAGAAAACCUUCGCUCUCAGGCACAAGAUUUCAGGCAGCAGGGAACCAAGAUGAGGAGGAAAAUGUGGUUGCAGAACAUGAAAGUAAAGCUGAUAGUGCUGGCUAUCUUGAUUGCCUUGAUUCUCAUUAUAGUAGUGCUCACAAAGACAUUGCACAAGCAGUCCCUUGAUGGGUUACAAGUCGGUGAAGGGGAGAGAGUUGUGUCUGGAGAGCCAUAG